AUGCUUGGCAAGCCCACUUCCCUCGUCUGCCUUUUCCUCGUCGGCCUCGUCGCCGGCCAGACAUGCCACGAGCUUCCGGACACCGGCGUUGAGUUCGGCACGGCCAUCCUCGUCGCUCGAGGUACUAGCGAGCCCAACGCCGCGGGUGGCAAGUUUGGCAUCGUCGUAGGAGACCCGGUCGUUAGCAACACGACCGCCAAGCUCCCCGGUGCUCGCGGUUAUCCCGUUCAGUACCCCGCCAGCUCCUCCAUCAUCUCCGGCACCCGCCAAGGCGCCGCCGACGUCGUCGCCCGCCUCAAGGCCCAGGCCGCCGCCUGCCCCAACCAGCUCUUCUCGCUCGUCGGCUACUCCCAGGGCGCCAGCGUCAUGCACUCCGCCGCCUCCGACAUCCCCGUCUCGUUGUACCCCGCCAAGCAGGUCUGCGCUAGCGGCGAUCCUACUUGCGAUAACAAUGGCGACUGCACCUAUUAUCACUUGACUUAUAUCCGACCCGAGUAUAUUGACCCUGCCGUUGACUUCAUCGUGAAGGGAUUCAAGGGAUGA